GAAAGGACUUGUCCGAGCUCUGAAAUCCCAAUACAGUUACACAAAUAUUAACUGAACAACUGACUGUGUGUCGCGCACAAGAACUGGAUUUCUACCGCAAAUAUUUAGUCAACAUCCUAUGGAACCCAAAGGUCAUACAAUGCGGACGGAAUUAUCAAUUGAAGAGGAAACACCAGAGACCGAAAUAAAACCAGCAUAUAAUGCCAACCUCAUUAUAUCUGUUAUCGAGACAACACAGAGAGGGAACGAACUUAAUGACGCCCAUCAACGUUUGCUAGAAUCACUUUCUGAAAUUGCAGAUAGCAGAGGCACGUGGGUUAUAAGCUUUAGUACUAACGACGAAGCCCUUGAGUUCCUGGAGGUGAAACAACGCAGUUUCAGUUCCAACGAGACACCAAUUAAAUAUUUUGAAAAGACGUUUGAAGCUGGCAUUCGUGGACUGGAUCAUGAUGACACAAAUAGUGUACACUCAAUCAAACACUCUUAUCUGCUAGUGAGAGGUGUCGAAAGCUUUGACUGCAAACGUAGAACCCUGACAAUUUAG